AUGCGCCGUGCUAUCUACAAGGAUGCCAAACCUGAACUUGUGGCAAAGUUCUCGUUGUGUUCGGACAAAGAACGGUUUCAGAUGUUGAAAUCAUGGGUCCAAAACCAAGACCUGGGAGAGAUCGAGAUCGAAGAAAAGUAUGUCUCCUGGGUGCGUUCCUUGCGCACAGACCGCUAUGUGACAGUGACAGUUUUCCAGCUGGAGAAAAUGUUCGGGAAGUCUCAGGAGGCCAAAGAAUUCAUAGCGGAGUUGUGCCGCGGUCAGCAAGGGGUGCCGCACCCACAGGCCCCGUCGAGCAAGAAAGCCAGAAUGUUCAAAGUCUUGCGGGAGGUAAUGGAAGAAAACACAACUGGCUCUGACUAUACCUCCUCAGCGAGUCUUUCUGGAAGAGUCCGAGAUGGGGGUGCCAAGCAAUUGCUUGCCAAACAGCUUCAGGGGGUGGAUGGGUCCAUGCCAGCUUUCAUGGACCUUACAACUGGUGCAAUUCGUUCAAAGAAACCGAAGAAAGAAAAGAGCCCCCAAGAGGAAGCACAGAUUGAGAUAAAGAAGGUGAAUAAAAAGUUCAAGCAGCUGAUCAAUGAAAUUCCCAAGUUGGUUUCUGAUCUCCAAGUACACAAUGUGAGGAACUGCACAGAGCUGGUAGAUGCCCUUCGGAAGCAUGAAGGUGAAGCUCUUGCUGGAUUUACUCGCACUGACAACUUGUUGAAGAUUCCAGUGUCCGAUUUGGACCCCAUGAGUGUGAUGUCCGAUCUGGCAUCCGAGAAAGAUACGGCAAAGGUCAUUGUUGGUGAUGUCUCGGACGGCAAACGCCGUUUGAAUGCUGCGAAGGGCCCCAAGCCUAAGAAACCUAAGGCUCCUGCCCCUGAUGAUGAGGAUGAGUCAGAACUUGAGUGA